UGUUCAAAAGUUACAGUGCGAAUUGUACAGAAUAUAUAUUAAUAAGAAAUAUAAUUUGGCAGAAUGUCGAUUCGAUCGAUUUUAUAUUUGCAAGAAAUUCAAUUUGACAGAAUAUCAAUUUAUAAGAAACACGUUUUCGUAGAACUUUAACUUGUCAGAAUUGUAAUUUUGUAGAAUAUUAAUAUUGGCAAAUCUAAUUUUGGUAGAAAUCUGCUUUAUCAGAAUGAUCACAUGUUCGAAUCCUCAAAAGUUAGAAUUCCAUUUUUACCGAAAAUGGAUUCCACAUAAAUAUUUGGCGCAAAUUUUAAAAUUCUGAUUUCUGAUUGGUCGAUUUUAAAAUUUGCGCCAAAUAUUUAUGUGGAAUCCAUUUUCGGUAAAAAUGGAAUUCUAACUUUUGAGGAUUCGAACAUGUGAUCAUUCUGAUAAAGCAGAUUUCUACCAAAAUUAGAUUUGCCAAUAUUAAUAUUCUACAAAAUUACAAUUCUGACAAGUUAAAGUUCUACGAAAACGUGUUUCUUAUAAAUUGAUAUUCUGUCAAAUUGAAUUUCUUGCAAAUAUAAAAUCGAUCGAAUCGACAUUCUGCCAAAUUAUAUUUCUUAUUAAUAUAUAUUCUGUACAAUUCGCACUGUAACUUUUGAACAAUAUGUUUUUAUUAAAUUCAAACAUUUAAUAAUUAUUUAAUCUUUUUAUUCAGUGAAUAUAUAUUUAUUCUCCAUCAUAUUUCAAUUAAAUGUCAAUUCUGAUAUUUUACGUUUCGAUCUAUUAAAAUGUAGGUUAUUGAGGAUUCGCGUAUCUGGUCAUUUCUAAAUUGUAAAUUCGGCAUAAUGAGCAUUCGAACUUAUGUUUUUGGUACAGAGAGUAGCACCCCGCUAUUCACAUGUUGCAGUCGUUGCAGUCAAAACGGUCGAUUCAAAACAAUAUUUUUUAUUGAAAGUAGAAAUAAUUUUUGUGUUAAUGACAUUAUACUUUCAUUGAAUGGAUUUUUUCUUUCGUGCUGAAAGAUGUCAUACAGUAAAUGCAAUAAAUGUAUAGUGCCGAAUUGUAAAUCUGGUUACUUGAGUUGUAAGGAAAAGGUGACUCUAUUAUCUGUACCGAAAAGUACAGAAUUAAUUAAACAGUGGCAAUCGGCAAUACCAAGGAAAGAUUUCGUAGUCAAAUAUGGACAAGUGGUCUGUCACAAACAUUUUCUUCCAGAAGAUAUUGUCAGGAAGAAGGAAGUGAAGGAUCCAUCAGGGAAAGUCAUGGCGUCGGAAGAUUUAAAAAGACCAUAUUUGAAGCCGGGCAGAAUUCCUAGUAUUUUUCCAAACUGCCCUUCUUACUUAACCAAAAAUACGAAAAAAAGAAAGUCUCCAAAAAAACGAAAUUUUGUCGAUGAAAUUAAGAACCCGAAGAGGAGAAAAAUUUUUGACAGCAGUAAAAAUCAGAUUCCAGAGGCUGAUAAUGAUUCUGAGAAUAUCCUAAAAGAUAUUAAUAAUUUAAACAAUUUAAAAAAUGAAAUUUUAGAAACUGAAACACCAGCAGAUUUUGAUCAACAUGAAAGUAAAGAAGAGCGUGAAGCUUUAUUUAAAUUGCUUUUUCAAAACAAGGACAGUUUGCUUCUUCCAGUAUCUUGGAAUCGGAGACAAUCGAACGACGGCGACUUUGAGGCAAUCGAGUUAACGAGAGUAAUAACACGUAGAGUCGCUAAUAAAUUAUUAUUUGUUCCUUCAAAACAAAUAAUUAUUUAUCAAGACUUACGUGUAGAGAUAAAGAUAAUGGGAAACAAUUUAGAUUUAAAUUCAAUUGGCUUUGAAAAAGAAUGUGUAUCUUCUACGGAAGACAUCGAAAACCUCGUAAAUCGUCUAGACGAAGCUCAAAUUCGUAUUGGUUAUGGUUCCCCGAGUUCGAAAAGAAAUUGAAAAUUCAUUUGCAUUUUAUGAUACUGAAGGUCGUUUGCGACAUGGGAAAUGUUCCCUUAUUGUUCCGAAAUCUGAAAAACCUGGAAAAUUUCUUCGCUAUCAAAGCUGCAAAACUGGCAGAAAAGUGUUGACUAAAUAAAGCCCGAGAAACCAUUACCAUGCACGAGCACAAUAAAAAGGUAUUUGUCAUUAAUGGACAACACUUUCGAUUCGAUGACAACUUUUUAAAAUAAUUUUCUGAAUCGUUCGCCAAUAAACCGGAUAAAUAUCGUCAUGGACUGUUAUCGUUUGAUGAAAUCACAAAAAAGGAUGUCCGACUGAACCAUAAAACAAUGGAAUUUUUAGGAUACGGAUUACGGGGUCAAUAAGGACAUUAAUGUCAGCGUGAAAUAAUUUACAUUACUAUUGUUACAUUAAAAAUUUCAUUUAUUAACUUUUUAAUAUAUUCAUUAUGUUUAAUACCUGUUUCUCAAAUAGUUUUACAUUUUUAAUUUAUUUUGAUGAAUUUUAAAUUUUUUAGUAUUCAAAAUUCUUCUAAAUUGAAAAAACAACUAAUAAAAUUCAAUAAUAUAGAUUUUCUUAUUAUUAGAAAUGUAAUCUGCGCCUAAUAUGUAAUAAAGUUGAAUUACUUUCUUUACAUCAUUAUAUUUAUUCAAAUCACUCCUUUUGUCGGGGGAACGUAUGUGGCACCACCUGAAAUGUACAG